AUGUCAUUCGAGAGACCAGAGAUCUAUGGCGCACAGGUCUUACCUGGCGAACAACCACAGGAAAACUCGUUCAACGAAAUAACAAGAGCCUUUCGUUCUUUUAUCCUUGAAUUUAGGCUUGGUAGUCAGUUUAUUUACAGAGAUCAGCUAAGAGAAAAUCUACUUAUUAAGAAUUAUUUUUUGAAAGUCAAUUCAGAACAUUUAAUAGGCUUCAAUGAAGAAUUGAAUAAAAAAUUAACUGAUGAUCCUACAGAAAUGAUUCCUUUAUUCGAAAAUGCCAUUACUGACAUUGCGAAGCGGAUUGCUUAUAUCUCAAAUGAAGAGACCCCGACAGAUUUUCCAAGCUGCCAGUUGAUAUUAUAUUCAAAUGCAUCAAAAACAUCUAUAAGGAACUUGGACUCUGAGAGUAUUUCAAAAAUUGUGAGAGUAAGUGGAAUAAUUAUCUCUGCAUCUGUAUUGUCUUCAAGAGCCACUUUAGUGCAAUUGAUUUGCCGCUCAUGUAAACACACAAUGAAAAUUAGAGUUCAUUCAGGAUUUGGCCAAUUGAAUUUACCUAAUAAAUGUCAAGGUACACACAAUUUUGAUGAUACUUCUACCCAGGAAAAAUGUCCCCCAGAUCCGUAUACAAUUGUACAUGACAAGUCUACCUUUAUCGAUCAACAGGUGUUGAAAUUGCAAGAGGCGCCAGAUAUGGUGCCUGUAGGGGAAAUGCCUAGGCAUAUUCUUUUGCAAGCUGAUAGAUAUAUGACUAACCAAGUAGUUCCCGGUACAAGAGUUACAAUUGUUGGUAUAUACUCUAUUUAUCAAGCCAAAAGCCGAUCUUCUGGGACUCUUAAUACAGUGGCUAUUCGUAAUCCUUAUUUACGUGUGUUAGGAGUUCAAACGGACGUUGAUAAUGGAGUAGGAGGACAAGGUAUUGUUUUCAGUGAAGAAGAGGAAGAAGAGUUUUUAAGACUCUCUAGAAUUCCUAAUUUAUAUGAUGUAUUUGCUGAUUCUAUUGCACCUUCUAUCUACGGAAAUAAAGAUAUUAAGAGAGCAAUUGCCUGCUUAUUAAUGGGAGGGUCCAAGAAGAUAUUGCCUGACGGUGUCAGAUUAAGAGGGGACAUUAAUGUCUUACUAUUGGGAGAUCCAGGUACAGCAAAAUCUCAGUUAUUGAAGUUCGUUGAGAAGAUUGCACCGAUAGCUGUCUAUACAUCAGGUAAAGGUUCAUCAGCUGCAGGUCUAACUGCUUCUGUUCAAAGGGACCCACAAACGCGUGAUUUUUAUUUGGAAGGUGGUGCCAUGGUAUUGGCAGAUGGAGGGGUGGUGUGUAUUGAUGAGUUUGACAAAAUGAGAGAUGAAGACAGAGUGGCAAUUCAUGAGGCAAUGGAACAACAAACGAUUUCAAUAGCGAAAGCAGGUAUCACUACUGUAUUGAACUCAAGAACUUCAGUAUUAGCGGCUGCAAAUCCUAUUUUCGGAAGGUAUGAUGACUUGAAAAGUCCAGGUGAAAACAUAGACUUUCAAACCACGAUUCUUUCCAGAUUCGAUAUGAUCUUCAUUGUUAAAGAUGAGCACAAUGAACAGAGAGAUAUUUCAAUUGCUCAACAUGUUAUGAAUGUUCAUACCGGUGGCAAGUUUUCUGAACAAAAUCAAGAAGGCGAAAUAUCCAUCGAAACCAUGAAAAGAUAUAUUCAAUUCUGCAAGCUCAAAUGUGCACCUCGUUUGUCCCCAGAGGCGUCUGAAAGGUUGUCGUCUCACUAUGUCUCCAUAAGACGUCAAUUACAGAUUAAUGAAACUGAUAUGAAUGAACGCCUGUCAAUUCCAAUUACGGUUAGACAGCUUGAAGCUAUCAUCCGUAUUACAGAAUCCUUGGCAAAACUACAAUUAUCACCCGUAGCUUCUGAGGAACAUGUUGAGGAAGCAAUCAGACUCUUCACAGCAUCAACCAUGAAUGCGGUUGAUCAAGGUGUCUCUAGUGGUGGGCUUAUAACCAGCGGAGAAAUGAAUCAAGAGAUUAAGAAGAUUGAGCAUGAACUAAGGAGAAGACUUCCAAUAGGAUGGUCAACGGCAUACAAGACACUAAGAAGAGAGUUAGUUGACUCUGGUAAAGCCAGCCAUGCUGCUCUCGACAAGGCUCUCUAUAUUAUGGAGAGACAUGAAGUCAUUAAAUUUAGGCAUCAACGCCAAAAUAUUUUACGAUGCGGAGUCUGA